AUGCAGACCAACGUGUCAAUCGUUGGGGCCGGGCCAGCUGGAUUUGCCCUUGCCGCCGAUCUCCAACGACAUGGAAAAGGGGUACUGUUGUACGCCCACCCUACCCAUCUUGGGCAUGCCAACAGGGUGAGGGAUAGAGGCUACCUGAAAGCCAGCGGCGCCCUGGAGGCUUGGGCAACCCUGCGCGUCACCUCGGAUAUGGGCGAGGUGGUGGCGUUCUCCGAGACCAUCAUCCUCACCGUGCCCUCUACCGGCCAGGAGACGGUCCUGCGGGAACUCAAGCGUUUCGCUCUCCACCGGCACAUCAUCAUCGCCGUCCCGGGCAACCUCUUCUCGCUCAUCGCCGACCUGGACGUUGGAUGCAUAUUCGAGACCAACCUCUCGCCAUACUCGUGCAGGAUGGAGGAAGACGGCCUGACGGUCCUCGGCCGGAAGAACCUCGUCUUCAUCGCGCCGCUGCAGAGGGGCCUCAGCGCAGCCAUCUACGACACGGUCCGGGACAUCUUCCCGGUGGAGCUCCGGUGGUGCAGCAGCGUCAUCGAGGUCUGCCUGUCCAACGUCAACGGCGUGUUCCACCCGCUGAUGAUGCUGAUGAACGCCGGCCGGAUCGAGAGCACCGCCGGCGACUUCCUGCUGUACCGGGACGGCCUGACGCGGUCCGUCGCCAACGCCAUGCUCGCCGUCGACCGGGUGCGGAUACAGAUCGGCCAGGCGUUGGGGCUGCGCCUCAAGAGCGCGGUGGACAUCUCGAACGAGUGCUACGGCCAGAGCUUCACCGACCUGGUCGACCUGGCCCAGAACUCGCCGCCGCACAACAGGCUGAAGGCCCCUUCGAGCAUGAGCAACAGGAACAUCUCGGAGGACGUUCCCGAUCUGCUGGUUUGCUGGUACAGCCUGGCGGAGAAGCUGGGCAUAGACGCGACGCCCAUCAAGGCGGUCAUCGUUCUCGUCGAGAUGGCGACCGGCAACGACUACCUCGGGACGGGGAGAAAUUUGCGGAGGUUACAGCUACAGGACAUGUCGCUGGGCGAGCUCAUUGGGAGAUUCGGCGGGGAACCGUGCGACAUGAUCGCCAGUCGAUUGUAA